UGGCAGGUGCAAUCCACCAAACGAGCGGACCCGAACGAGCUGAAGGUUAUUUUUCAGAAGCAUGCCAGUGUUGUGGAUGCAGAUGGCGAGAAGUUGAUGACCCCAGGGGACUUUGUGCAGAAGUACCUGGGCCUGCACACACAGAUCCACCACAACCCCAAAACUGUCCAGCUCAUCGCCGGUGUAGCCGACACAACCAAGGACGGGCUGAUCUCAUUCCAGGAGUUCUUGGCAUUUGAGUCAGUGCUGUGUGUUCCGGACGCUCUCUUUAUCGUAGCCUUCCAGUUGUUUAACAAGACCGGCACUGGAGACAUCUCCUUUGAGGAUGUGCGGGACAUCUUCAGCCAGACCACUGUGCACCACCACAUCCCCUUUAACUGGGACUGUGAGUUCAUCUGCCUGCACUUUGGACACGACCUCAAGAAAUGCCUCGGCUACCUCGAGUUCACCCAGUUUCUACAGGAGUUGCAGUUGGAGCAUGCGCGCCAGGCCUUUGCCCAGAAGGACAAGAACAAGAGCGGCACCAUCUCUGCCAUGGACUUCAGUGACAUCAUGGCCACAAUCCGACACCACAUGCUUACAGUGUUUGUGGAGGAAAACCUGGUUUCGGCUGCGGGGGGCAGCACCUCUCACAUGGUCAGCUUCUCCUACUUCAACGCCUUCAACGCUCUGCUCAACAACAUGGAGCUGAUCCGCAAGAUCUAUAGCACGCUGGCCGGGACCCGCAAGGACACACAGGUCACUCAAGAGGAGUUUGCCCAUGCUGCGAACAAGUUUGGCCAGGUCUCUCCCAUGGAGAUUGACAUCCUGUACCAGCUAUCAGGCCUACACUCCCACUCUGGGCGCCUGAACUUUGCUGACAUUGAGAGGAUAGCCCCGCUGGAGGAGGGAGCGCUGCCCUAUCACCUGGCUGAGUUCCAGAAACUGCAGAGCCAGGGUGAUGGUUCCAGGUCCGUACUGAUGCAGGCCGCAGAGUCGGCCUACCGGUUCAGCUUGGGCUCCAUUGCUGGAGCUAUGGGAGCUACGGCAGUGUAUCCGAUAGACCUGGUGAAGACAAGGAUGCAGAACCAGAGGAGUACAGGCUCGUUCGUAGGAGAACUGAUGUACAAGAACAGCUUUGACUGUGCCAAGAAGGUGCUGCGCUACGAAGGAUUCUUUGGAUUCUACAGAGGUCUUCUUCCCCAGCUCAUAGGUGUGGCUCCAGAGAAGGCAAUCAAACUUACGAUGAAUGACUUUGUGAGAGAUAAGUUCACUGGUAAAGACGACACCAUUCCCUUCGUUGCUGAGGUGCUGGCCGGAGCCUGUGCAGGGGGUUCCCAAGUGGUCUUUACGAACCCGCUGGAGAUUGUCAAGAUCAGACUCCAGGUGGCAGGAGAGAUCACGACAGGACCCAGAAUUGGCGCCCUCAGUGUCAUCCGAGACCUUGGCUUGUUCGGCCUCUACAAGGGUGCUAAAGCAUGUUUACUGAGAGACAUCCCGUUCUCAGCCAUCUUCUUCCCGGUGUAUGCCCACACCAAGACUCAGUUUGCCGACGAGCAGGGUAGACUAGGCCCGUUACAGCUGCUAGCUUCCGGAGCCAUCGGAGGCAUCCCUGCUGCCUCCCUGGUGACACCUGCUGAUGUCAUCAAGACACGCCUGCAGGUAGCAGCGAGGGUGGGACAUACCACCUACACUGGAGUCAUGGACUGUUUCAGGAAAAUCACGCAGGAGGAGGGAUUCGGAGCACUGUGGAAGGGAGCUGGAGCUCGUAUGUGUCGAUCCUCUCCUCAGUUUGGAGUAACUCUGGUGACCUAUGAGCUUCUACAGAGGUGGUUAAAUGUGGACUUCGGAGGACAUCGUCCGACGGGGUCUGAGCCCACUCCUAAAUCUCGUGUCUCUGAGCUUCCUCCGGUCAGUGCUGACCACGUGGGAGGCUACCGUCUGGCCGCGGCCACCUUCGCUGGCGUGGAGAACAAGUUUGGCCUUCAUCUGCCCAAGUUCAAGUCCUCUGGAGUGCUCUCCAUUCUCUCUGACCCCGUUGACCCCUCUUCUGCCCUCCCUCAAGAGGCUGCCGCCCCCCCCUAAAGACUAGCCUCUAACUGCCUGCCGCCACCACUCCACUAAGGGCUAUGCACUUAGACAGACAUGCAAUACUGAUCAACACACACAUUUUGAGGGGCCAUGUACACCGAUAUGCACACACGUACAGUCCUAGGGGCCAUGUGCACAGCUAUAAGCACCAACACCCCAGGGUCUACUCUAGUGCUCUAACCCUGGUUCUGGAGACAUGACUGUAGGUCCAUUGUUGAAGCAGGCAUUAACCUGAACACUACUGUUGUAUCUCCAGUGGCUCUCCUUUCUUUUCUUUCCAUUCUGCUUUUCAUAUGAAAUCAGUGGUUUGAAAGGAGCCUUCUCUCUCUCUAUUCCUUUGCUCUCUCGCUCUCAUUCCUCUCCAUCUCUGGUGGCUCCUCUCUUCUCAUGAAUAAUUGAUUAUAAUUUUUUGGGGGCGCUACUACGAUUGGACAGUGUGUGGGAGAUAUUUGAUUGGACAGCAUGUGGAAGGCUUUACUCUGAGUGGGCCUUGCACAGGAAGUUGCUGUACAGAGAUGUGACACAGCUGGAAAGGAACAUUACUGAUGUUAGAGCGAUAUUAAUGCAACAUUGGAGAACAAUGUUAUGGUAAUGAUAGCGCAACGUUUCGGUUACAGAAAUGUUGCGGUAAUGUUAAAAAGCAAUGUGACUCAUGUUGGAGUUACGUUAGAUUGAAGUCGGGCCUUCGUCUCUUGAGAAACACUCUUACUGAUCUACAGACCUUUUCAAACUGUUUGAGGAGAAUUGUCGGCAAAGGAUUAGGUAACUUAAAUUCAUUCAGUGUAUUUUAUUGAAAUAAACUGAUUUAAUUUCACACCUGAAAAUAUUUCAUAUCAAGGAGAAUGAACAGCAAAUUUGGCCAAGCAAAAGCGAACCAAUAGUUUGUGGAAAACUAGACAAAAUGUAAUUAGAUACACAACAUAUCUAUACAGAGUUUGGUAAACUCCAACAAAGAAUUAUAAUGGACAAUGUUGUGACAAGUCUUGUUGGAAUACGAACUAGAAUUCGGUAUCCAACGUGGAGGAUAGUUCC